AUGGAGGCUGGCGGCCUCCCCUUGGAGCUGUGGCGCAUGAUCUUAGCCUACCUGCACCUGCCCGACCUGGGCCGCUGCAGCCUGGUUUGCAGGGCCUGGUAUGAACUGAUCCUCAGUCUCGACAGCACUCGCUGGCGACAGCUGUGUCUGGGAUGCACCGAAUGCCGCCACCCCAACUGGCCCAACCAGCCUGAUGUGGAGCCUGAGUCUUGGCGGGAGGCCUUCAAGCAGCAUUACCUUGCCUCCAAGACGUGGACCAAGAAUGCCCUGGACUUGGAGUCCUCUGUCUGCUUUUCUCUAUUUCGCCGGAGGAGGGAACGCCGUACCCUGAGUGUUGGGCCAGGUCAUGAGUUUGACAGCCUGGGCAGCGCCUUGGCCAUGGCAAGCCUGUAUGACCGAAUUGUGCUAUUUCCAGGUGUGUAUGAAGAGCAGGGUGAAAUCAUCCUGAAGGUGCCCGUGGAGAUCGUAGGCCACGGGAAGUUGGGUGAGGUGGCCUUACUCGCCAGCAUCGAUCAGCACUGCUCCACCACACGCCUGUGCAACCUUGUCUUCAUGCCGGCCUGGUUCUCACCCUUCAUGUUUAAGACAACAUCAGGUCAUGUUCAGUUUGACAACUGCAACUUUGAGAAUGGGCACAUCCAGGUCCAUGGCCCAGGCACCUGCCAAGUGAAGUUUUGUACCUUCAAAAACACCCAUGUUUUCCUGCACAAUGUGCCCUUGUGUGUCCUGGAAAACUGUGAAUUUGUGGGCAGUGAAAACAACUCUGUGACUGUUGAGGGCCACCCAUCUGCAGACAAGAACUGGGCCUACAAGUAUCUACUAGGGCUUAUCAAGUCUUCACCCAGCAUACUCCCCACAGAGGACUCUGACUCUUUAAUGUCCCUAGACCUGGAGAGCAGGGACCAGGCCUGGAGCCCAAGGACCUGUGACAUUGUCAUCGAGGGCAGCCAAAGCCCUACCAGCCCAGCUUCUACCUCCCCAAAGCCAGGCUCCAAGGCUGGCUCACAGGAGGCAGAGGUGGGCAGUGAUGGGGAAAGGGUGGCCCAGACUCCAGACAGCAGCGAUGGAGGCCUGAGUCCUAGUGGUGAGGAUGAGGAUGAGGACCAGCUCACAUACAGACUGUCCUACCAAGUGCAGGGCCCACGCCCUGUACUGGGGGGCUCCUUUCUCGGCCCACCACUUCCAGGAGCAUCCAUUCAGCUGCCCAGUUGCCUAGUGCUGAACUCACUGCAGCAGGAGCUGCAGAAGGACAAGGAGGCCAUGGCACUGGCCAGCUCUGUGCAGGGCUGCCUCAUCCGCAAGUGCCUCUUCCGGGACGGGAAGGGAGGUGUCUUCGUUUGCUCCUAUGGCCGAGCCAAGAUGGAAGGAAACAUCUUCCGGAACCUGACUUAUGCGGUGCGGUGUAUACAUAAUAGCAAGAUUGUCAUGCUCAGGAAUGACAUUCACCGUUGCAGAGCGUCAGGCAUCUUUCUUCGCUUGGAGGGCGGAGGCUUGAUCGCUGGCAACAACAUUUACCACAAUGCGGAGGCCGGCGUAGACAUCCGGAAAAAGUCCAACCCACUCAUUCUGUGUAACCAGAUCCACCAUGGCCUUCGUUCUGGCAUUGUCGUCCUUGGCAAUGGGAAAGGCAUCAUCCGGAACAAUCAAAUCUUUUCAAAUAAGGAGGCUGGCAUUUAUAUCCUGUACCAUGGAAAUCCAGUCGUGAGUGGGAACCACAUUUUCAAGGGCCGUGCAGCUGGCAUAGCAGUGAAUGAGAAUGGCAAAGGCCUCAUCACAGAAAACGUCAUCCGUGAAAAUCAGUGGGGAGGUGUAGACAUCCGCCGUGGAGGCGUCCCGGUCCUCAGGAGCAACCUUAUCUGCUUUGGCUACUCAGACGGUGUGGUCGUGGGGGAUGAAGGCAAAGGACUGAUAGAAGGAAACACCAUCUAUGCUAAUAAGGGCUGUGGUGUGUGGAUGAUGUCGUCCAGCCUGCCUCACGUCACCAGCAACCAUGUCAGCUACAAUGGCCUGUACGGAGUGGCAGUGUUUAGCCAGAAGGACGGUUCUGGGGAGUUCCCUGGAGGUCAUGGGGCCCAGGAGAACUUCAGCGAGGACGGAGAUGCCAUCCUUUGGGAGACCGAACUGGAGAAGGACGACGACCCAUUGCGUCGGCCCGUCACCAUAGCUCUUGUUGAGUCUAACAGUAUUAAUCACAAUGGAGCCUCAGGCCUCUACGUCCAGAGCAGUGAGGUGCUGCACGUCCUCACCAAUGUGAUCCACGCUAAUGGGGACAGAGGGAUCACCGUGGCCCAGAGCAGCCAGCUCACCCGCGUGGUCAACAACAGUAUCUCCUGCAACCGCCAGAGUGGGGUCAAGGUCGAGGCCCAGUGCAAGGUGGAGCUCCGGGGCAAUGGUAUCUAUGACAACAGAGGCCAUGGCAUCAUCACCAAGGGCGACAGCACCGUCGUCAUCGAAAAUGACAUCAUUGGCAACCGGGGCAGCGGGCUGCAGCUCUUGCCCAGGUCCGACACGAAGGUAAUAAAGAACCGGAUCCAUUCAUUCCGGGCCUACGGCAUUGCAGUGCGGGGCCGCGCCAAGGCCCUGGUGCAGGAGAACAUCAUCUUCCAGGGCAAGACCAGCAAGACCAUUUUUCAGCAGAUCUCCAACAACCGAGAAUGUGUCCUGCAAAACAAUAAGUUCCUGGUGUUCAAGAAAAAAUCUGAUACAUGGCGCCUGGUGAACCCACCGGCACGGCCUCACCUUGAAAGCUCUCUCCGAGGCCCCUCUGCAGCCCAUAGUGGGCAGAAGGUGACAGCCAUGGCAACGAGGAUCACAGCCCGCGUGGAGGGUGGUUACCACAGCAACCGCAGCGUCUUCUGCACCAUUCUGUAA